CUUGUGUGUGUAUGUAUAUGCAAAUAAUCAGUAUGAGUGUCUGGCCACAACUAUUUAUGGGACAAUUUCAUACCGAGGUGAAUUGUUACACGGCUUAGUAUUUUUUAAUAGCCCUAUAAAUAUAUCAAUGUACAAGAUAUGUGGGAUUAUUUUGUAAGGCAGAGAUGUUUCUUCAUUAUUACCACCCUCCUAACAAAUGUUUAUUGACACUAUUCCGCAUUUUCAUUUUUAGAAAGCUUGUGGCUAUCUGGACGCAAUAGCUAAGUGAAUAACAGUACUGGGUUCGAGUUCUGGAGUGAACAUUAACUCUGGGAUGCGGGUACAUCCAGCUGAUGAGUCCUGAAUGUGACGAGACGCGCGUCCUGGAUUUCACUGCUAGCCACCACCCAUCUCUACUUAUAAGAGAAACCUAGUCAAAUGUCUUGCAAAUAGAGCUAGGAAGAUAUGUUCAGUAGAUACAAUAAACAAGGAAUUAGAGCUCAUACAUAAUAUGUUGAUUGAAAUGGGUUAUCCACAAGGUUUCCUCAAGAAACACUUACAUGUAACAAACAAGAAAAUAGCGACAUCAAUGGCUAUUAAGAAGCCUUUUUUCCUGAGGCUGCAAUCCAAUGGAGAUGUAGCUGAUGAUAUGCUACGUGAUAGACUGACUAGAGCAGUGAAGAGAACAUCUAAUGCAACCAACUUCUGUCUAUCGUACUCGACCCGAUAUACGGUGGUUCCUCAACUGAAGGAUAAGUUACUUGGUUAUACCAUUUCUAUGUGUAUCUAUGAUUCCAGCUGCUCCUGUGGAGAAAACUAUAUUGGGUGCACUACCAGACAACUGAGACAGAGUUAGUGAACACCUCACUUCGCGGUUAGGAAAAGGUACUGUCAAGACAAUACGCAGUUCGGUUCUAUUACACGUGAUCGAUAGUGAUCAUGUCGUAGACAGAAAUAAGUCAUUUAGAGUUAUUUAUCGUAUUCCUAUUAGUUUUCCUUAUGGGGUUCGAUUUCGUCUCUUACACAUAGAAGAAGCUAUCGGAAUUCGAGCCAACAAUCGAAGUCUUUGUGUUCACCAGGAAUUUGUAACAUCUUUAUCUCUCCCUUGGCCUUAAUAAGUGAUUUUAUUUAUUAUUACUUUCUAUCCUCUUUCUUCGUUUAUUUUUCUUCGCCCCCUCCCACCCUUUUCUCAAAUAUACACUUCACGGUCCAAUUAUCUGAACACUUCUUAUUACAUAAUUUUAUCAUUUUUAUGAAUGUUAUUUCAGUGUCUAUACUUUUCUAAUCAUUUCCCAUUACGUAACACUGAUUCAAGCCUUUAUUAUUCUUAUCACAAUUAGUACACCUGUCAUCACAUUACCAAUUUGUACUUUUCAAUUAUUAUGUUUAUUUAUGUAAUCUAUUCCACUAUUAUCAUUGACACAUAGACUUCCUUGAUUGGUUUAAUAAUUUCAUAUAUGCAUAUAAAUAUUGCUGUAUAAUAGAGUAAAGCCUGAUGAGGAUCUAAUCGAAAACAAUGCUGUUCGCUUAUAGAUGUUCUACAUUUUACAACUUAACACAAUGACCUAAAACAUUCACAAAUCGACUACACUGUGUUCCACUAAAACUGAGAAAACAGCAGUUUUAUUGAAGCUCAGGCCUACGAUGGCACAAUGUGAAGCACAUAAGUAUUUAUCAAAUGUUUUGAAGUGUUUUAGAAUCAGUCACAGGGAAUGCGCAUUCCAAGGAUUUCUCCACAUAUGCUGUCGUCAGUUAGGUAAGUUUUUUUGUACAGUGAAAGAAAGGGUCGUGAAUUUCAUUUAGAGAUAAUCAGAUUACAAUGGUAAAUCAAACAAAAUUUAUGUUAUUUAUGUAGAAUAGGUAUCAAUCAUAGAGAAGUGCUCAAGAAAGGACCUCACCAUUCUGAUGGGAGAUCUAAACGCCAAAGUCGGAAUAGACAACACCGGAUAUGAAGAUAUAAUGUGACGACAUGGACUGCGAGACAGAAACGAAAAUGGGAAAAGAUUUGCAAACUUAUGUGCAUUCAACAAAUUGGUCAUAGGAGGCACAAUACUACCACACAAACGUAUACACAAGGCUACAUGGAUCUCACCGGACCACACUACAGAGAACCAGAAAGAUCAUAUUUGCAUCAACAAAAAAUUCGAAGGACAAUGGAAGAUGUGAGAAGCAGUAGAGGUGCUGACAUAGCUUCAGAUCAACACCUAGAUGUAGCCAAUUUAAAACUGAAGCUAAAAAAGAACUGGACAAGUGGACAAACAGCAAUACAAAGGUUCAAUACAGCCUUCCUUCGAGAUACUAACAAAAUCAACGAAUUCAAGAUGGCUCUCAA